CUCUUUCCAAUUCCCCAACAUUUUCUCCUCCUCGACCAAAUUCCCAGCCCACACUCUCUCACCAAAACGACCAAAACGACGACCCACAGCACAGACACCACCACUGUUGUUGUUAUCUAGACACGCACAGAAAGGAAGGCUCGGAGUUGGAACACAGGCAGUCAGAUUCAGAGCCAGAGUCAGGCAGAGAAUGUCGGCGUUAAGAGACCCGGCGAUAAAGCUGUUCGGGAAGACGAUUCCUUUGCCACUGAAGCAGAGAACUUGUGCUAAUGAGCUUUGUGGGGCUGAAGAUCGGUUUGACCAAAAUCUUCUCUCUUCAGCCACUUCUUCCCGCGAAAAGAACUCUGGCAGAGAAGGUGCUGGGCAAGAAGGGGAUCAGGUACACUUGGGAAGAGAACCCACCGAAGAUAAACAGGAAGAUUGUAACUCAUAUCAGACCGUAGAAGACUCUAAAGAUCAUACAACAUCAUCAGGAAUUAGCGAGAACCCCCAAACUCCCUUGAUUGACAGAGAAACAUCGUCGCUAAAAGCCUCCAAGAAUGGAGAAGAGAGCGAGACAACUAUCUCACAAGAAAAGACUCUGAAGAAGCCUGACAAAAUACUUCCAUGUCCCCGGUGUAAUAGCAUGGAUACCAAGUUCUGUUACUACAACAAUUACAAUGUCAACCAGCCCCGUCAUUUCUGUAAGAACUGUCAAAGAUACUGGACUGCUGGUGGAACCAUGAGGAAUGUGCCCGUGGGUGCUGGUCGCCGUAAGAACAAGAACAACUCUAGUUCACACUAUCGUCACAUUAUAGUUUCAGAAGCUCUUCAAACAGCUCGAGCUAAUGGAGUUCCCAACUCUGCUUUGGGACAAAAUGGAACCGUCCUCACCUUUGGCUCGGAUUCUCCUCUUUGUGAAUCCAUGGCUACUGUAUUAAGCCUUGCAGAGAAACAACAACACCAUGUUCAAAAUGGGUUUCAUAGACCUGAGAAAAGAACUCUUGUUUCUGGAGGAGGAGAUAAUGGGGAUGAUCACUCAAGUGGAUCCUCUAUCACAGCUUUAAAUUCAACCGAGAAGGAAGGUUUGCAAGAGCCGGCAGUUCAAAAUUAUCAAGGGUUUCCUCCUCAAGUACCGUGCUUUCCAGGAACCCCCUGGCCUUUACAGUGGAACUCAGCUCAGUGGGGCUCUGUAAUGCCUCCACCUGCUUUGUGCCCACCAGGAUAUCCACUAUCGUUCUACCCUGCUCCAGCAUAUUGGGGUUGUACUGUACCAGGCUCUUGGAAUGUGCAAUCUCUUUCCCCACCAUCCUCUUUUCUUAGCCACAGUGGCCAAAGCUCUGCUCCUAAUUCUUCAACCUUGGGCAAACAUUCAAGGGACGGGGACGUCCUUAAUCCGGCCAACUCACAGCAAGAAGAGUCUGUUAAAGAGCGAAGUUCAGAAAGAUGUGUUUGGAUUCCUAAAACUUUGAGGAUUGAUGAUUCCAGUGAAGCCGCUAAGAGCUCUAUAUGGGCAACACUGGGGAUCAAGAAUGAUAAGACUAAUUCUGCCAAUGGUGGAAGUCUCUUUAAGGCAUUCCAAUCAAAGGGUAAUGACAAAAGUCAUGUGGUCGAGACAUCUCCAGUGCUGCAAGCCAACCCUGCAGCCUUAUCCCGGUCACUAAAUUUCCAUGAGAGCACAUAAUCAGAGAGAAAUUUGCGUUGUAAACUCUGCUUGUGAUGGCAAUACAACAAAUGGGGUUUACCUCUCUACAACCUCUCGCUGCUGACAAACUUGCGCGACCUUUUUUCCGCCUAAGGUCGUAUCAUUAACCAACCUCGAUGGAGGAUGUGGUUAGCAAAGCAAUCCAAUUUAGAGGAAGACCAGAUAAAUGUCACUUUGUAGGAGUGAAGAUGUAUCUCUUACUAGCUUAUAUAGCUGCCUUUUUUUUGUUCAAUGAAUAUGUAGCCGCCGAAUCAUCUCAUCUGUAACAGUAUAGCUAGGUGUUUUUGCCUUCACCUUAGAUGGGUUUUCAUGUUCUUGUACAUACCUAUAUGUGGUGAGUGUGAAAUAGAGCUGGAACAAAUAUAUUAGAUUCUUGGAUGGAUCAAAAUCCAGUAAUGUACAAUAAACUUAUAGGCCGUAGUUUGGAAAAUUGUAUUGCUUUCUUUUUCUGUGAUAAAUCUGGAAAGAUUUAUUGCUUUUUCCAGGAGCUUUCAAUAAAUAAUGUCUAGUUCAAUCUUAGCAAAUA